AUGCUGUUUAAGCUUGUUUGCAACAUGAUGUUGCAUGUUUGCACGGACACUCACACGUGUAAUUAAUCCACUGGAGGGACACUGAGACGCAUUAGUGAGUCUAUGUCAUCAUGGACGAGUCAGGAAACAAGACGACAAACAACAAAGAACACACACACACACACACACAUGCAGACGGACACGCACCUAGACAGAAAUGGGUCAGUCAGUCAGUCAGUCAGGAUGUCUGUACGAAACCCAAAAAGAAGCGAUAAAAAAGGCAGCAGCACAACCACCAGCAGCAGCAGAGGCAGCUUAGCUUUCACAUAAGAAAGAAAGCAGUAUGUAAGACAUCUGGCUGACCCCCCCAAAAGGACCAAACCGGUCGGCUAACCAGAAACCAACAAAAACAAGAAGGAACCGGCCAACCCCUCUCACUCUCCCCUCUAGGCCAUUUACCUACGCAUAUAGGACCCGCACCCAGCCCACCCGCGCCGGUCGUUUCAGUCCUCUUUGUCGAUAACGUCGGUGUCGUCUUCGCCGUUCCUGGUGGUCUCAUCGUCGGCAUCAGAGCCGUCCUCACUGCGGAUGUCGCCCUCCUUCUCAACUGCACUCAACAAUGAAUGACACACACCAAGCAGUGAAUGAAUGACACACACACACACACACACACAGGCAGGCAGGCAGGCAGGCAGUGUACUGCUGCUCAGUUUAGCUCACCUCCUUUGUUGACGAUCACUUUGACGAUCAUCUUGCUGAUCAGAAUAAACCAAAAGAUGUGCAAAAUCUGAUGAAGAAGGGAGAGAGGAACAAAGAGCAGCAGCAGCCACACAGACACCCAACAUGUGUGUGUGUGUGUGGUCAUCUAGCUGUCCAUCCAUCCCACCCCACCCACCGUGAGCAGCGACAGCAUGAAUGGCAGCAGUGUCGACCCGGCGGCCUCCUCGUAUCUCCAAUGGCAGUGCGGCUGCCACUCCCAGUACUUCAUCGGCGCCACCACACACACGACAGGGAACCACACCAGCCGCAGCACCAGAAACGACAGAGCGAACAGCCCGAAAAGCGUGUCCGACAGGACGCUCGGCCACACCGAGUAGAUGCAGCUCUUGGCGCUGUAGAGCAGCACAUCCACAGGGUCGUGCAGCAGGAGGACCACCAUCCCGACCCGCCAGUAGUUGCACGUGUAGGAUAUGCCGAUGAGCACCACGGUGGCGAUGUGGUGGACCAGCAUCUCGUAGAAGUCUUUCCUCUUGGUCUCCAGGAACAGGAAAAUGCCCGAGGAGGACCAGAAGGCCAUCUCGCCAAUGUAGAGCGCCUUGAUGGCGAGAGGCAUCGUCAUCUCGUCUGUGAGCAGACCCCUCCAGUACUCCUCCGUCUUGAACUCAAACAGCACCUUGCCGGCCCAGUCCGAGCAGUAGACACACAGCAGCGCCGCCGUCCACACCGACGAUGUCAGGUGCCACAGACAGUACCUGACCGCAUGUGAGCACAAACACGACACACAGACGGCGCGCGUGUGUCUAUCUGUCUAUGUGUCCGUGUGUUUCCUCACCAAGCAUUCUCCUGGAAUUUGAGUCUCUUUCCCGGCUUGGCCAUCUUGCCGCUGACGUAUCCGAGGAGGCUCGGCCACCUGCCUGUGUGCUUGUUGUGGGCGCCGCACACAAACAGCCGCACCACCAGCAGCACAACCAUCCACACCAACAGAUGCAGCAUGUCCGUCGCCCGCAGCACUGGGUUGGCGAAGUACCGCCUCAGUUCGCAUGGCAGCACGAACGACUUGAGGAACCGAUGGACGCUGCUCAGCGGAUCGGGGCCGUCAAGCAUGAUCGGUGAUGAGGACAGAUAAAUCAACACGAGGAUAGGCUUGUCUGCGGCACAGAAGGCCGACGAGCCAUCAAAAUCGGC